AUCCUCUGAGAAAAAAAAAAUGGCGGGCGGCAGAGAAAGACAACUGCUCUAUGAAUGCGUCCCAAAAUACCGAUGAUUCACCUCGUUAAAUGUCUGCGAAUUUUUGCUACCCAGCGGAUUUUUAGCAGUGACUAACGCGCCAAAAGUCUAACGUUAAAAAAAAAAGCGUCCUGGUUUGAAUUUGAUGAAGGGAAUUUUGUAAUUCAUUUGUUGAUGUUUUUGAGAAGUUAAAAAAGGCAAGGAAGCUCUUACAUCAUGUCUUCAUCGGCUGGCUUCCGCGCUAGGCGAAUACAAGAUCCUGUACCUAAACAGCGUGGGGCACUUGGAAGAACAUCGAGAAAAGAUUCUGCAUUAACAGGGUUAGAAGCGGCUUUGGAAAAUGUCGGCCAGGCACGAAAUGCGUUGGAAGCAGUGGAAGCAAGAAUUCAGCAAGCCAACUUACCUCUCGGGCCAGGGACAACUGAUGAGGAAGAAUUUGUUGAGCCAAGAAUCAGACAAGUGUUCUCUGAGAGGCAGCGCUAUGGGCGUGUUACGAGAUAUGAGCUACGGCCUGGCGCUAAUAGGCCAGAGCUCAGCCCAAGACUGUCUGAAGCCAAGGAUACUCGACACUCAUUAGAGUACACUUCAGAUGGAUCCAGAGCUUCAUCUAGAAACUCAACCAUUUCAUCCAUACAAGACAAGGAAGAAAGUGGUUUAAAUGGCCAGUUCCACUCACCACCUUCCAGGGAUGUCCAAACAAUAUCCCCACCUUAUAUCAAUGACUCUGAUGCAAUUUUAGACACCUCAAAUGAAAUCCGAACUUGUAUGUCCUCUGUUAGUCCUACUGUACCAAGAUCAGCCUCUAAACAGGAUAUCUCUAGAAAGUUACCUGUUUCAAGGUAUUCAAAUAUGUCUGGUACCAUGUCAAAUUUUGAAGACUCCCUGGAAAUUUCACGGAGAUCUGCCGAUGGCCGUCCCUUAUCUGGGCUUUGCACUCGUCCUUUGAUCAACAACAACUCAGAUGUGCUUGCCAGGCUAAAAGAAAAGAUCCAGAAGCAGAAAGAACAAGCAUCAAAAUCUCCUAACUAUGAUAUAGAACCUAUCCCCGUCCCAUUAAACUCUUCAGCCCCACCCCCUACGGAAGAAGCCCCAUUUGUUCCUAAAGCAGUGACCAAGAGAAAAUUUGCAGCUGGCCCUCCUGCUCCAGUUUACAAAGGAUUUAGUGAAGCUGUACCACCUAGACCUCAAUCCAGGGAUUCUCGCAUAAGCAGUCGCGUCCAGUCAAGAGCAGGCUCUCAGCCUCCUUCCAGGGCAGGCAAAAGCCAGCAGAACCAAAGAGGAGAUACCUCAAAAAGAAAAGGUCAAGUCAAAGUACAAAGAAUAGUUGCACCAAAACGGCCCACUUCCGUCAUCUCAACAACAUCUUGGCGGACUGGACAGGAAACAGUGAACAAAAUUCUUGGACUGAGCAAGAAGCCCAAUCCUGGUGCUACAGCAGCAGCUCAGCCUACAUUAUUGAGCCACGAUAACAGCAGCAGAAGCAAGUCUAGUCUACUGGAAUGGAGGAAAGAGCCAGAAAAGGUUACAGAUACUCUGGUUGAGAAGGAAAACCCACAAAAUGGCGUUGAAGAGCAUAUGGAAGGCAAUGAUGUCCAAGGAGACAAAGAGGAAAAUGAGUUGUCACAGCAUACACUGGAGCUAUCCUCUGAAGAAGAUCAUGACAUGGAUGAUGUAAGGAACAGUCGUGUCCUGUCCGAGGAAGCCAGGAAUAUCCUGUCUGACCUGGAUCUAGACAAUAACCAUUCAGUUACAGAAGAAAAAGCACCUGCAGUCCUAGAAUCAAAGCCCUCCUCAAAUUCUUCCACUCAGCAACCCAAGAAAGCUGGGAAGAAAAGGAAAGCCACAUCAGGGCCUCAAAAACAAGACAAAAACUAUCCCAAGGAGAAGGUUCGACAUUAUGAUGUGGACCAAGUGAAGAAAUACAUGGAGAAGCAGCUUGCUGAAAGAAAGAAGAAGAUGAGACAGGAAAAAGAGAUGAAGCGCAAAGCUGUGGAGGAACGCAAAAAGAGAUUGGAUGCACUCUAUUUCAAACAGAAGAAAACUGUAGCACAUGGUUUAGCGAACAAAGAAAAGUGUCGCCCUAAGGACAACCUAGGAGAAACGUUUAACAAGGUGCAAGCUGACUUUUUAAGGCCUCCGAUAAUACUAGGCUACCACCAAGCUCACCCCAGAGUAGAGUAUUACAGUGAUGGAACAGAAGUCAGUGAAUCUGAUAAAGAAAACCAAGACGUGGCAUCCUUUGAAGGCCUUCCAAGCUACGAAAGGAGAAGGCAGACUCAACCUAGGGCUUACAUUGAGCAGUAUGACUCCCAAUCCUUGCCGUCUACACUCUCUAGCGAUUCAGAUGAACACCACGUCCAAGAGAGGGAUACACCAGUGAUUGACACUAGUCCCUCUUUAGUGGAAGAACGUGAUGCAAGCAAAACAGAGAGUGCACACUCUAUCAACCAAGAAAGAGUCAGAGGGGCAGCUUUUUCUGAAGAUAUUCACACACAACAAACAAAAACUGUGUCAUUUCCUGACCUGGAUAACAAAGCACUUGCAAGUGAAAGCCCAAACAGAGCAGAGAGAAUAGCUGCUAUUCACAACACUGCUGCAGCCCUCAAGCAAAGACUCGAACAAGAAGCCAAGAGGCUGGGCCUUACACUGCAGGUCCAGGGGGGUGCAGGAACUGCGGACAGAGGGGUAUUUAGGGGAGCUUUGCCUGGUGUGGAUAACAUGAGAGAGCAGGCUGAAUUGAAUGAGGAGUUGGAAAGCAAGAAUACUGCUGCCACCAAGAUCCAGGCAGCAUACCGUGGCCACAGCACUCGACAAGGGCUGAACUGGAAACUGCCUUCUGGACGCACCUUUGGGGCAGCAAUGAGAGAAGGCCGGCGCCAAACACCUUCCACUGAGAUACCAGAAGGGGAUCUGUCGCAAGUGUCCAGGUACUCCACAGCAAUGGAAGACCAGGAGGAGUACAGCAGUAUGUCUGAAGUCCGCUCUGGGUAUAGCACAGGCCUUGGUGACAGUCUAGCUUCACAUAAUAGCCAGGUUGGUCAGUUAGCAUCUCAAAGAGCAGGGAUCCUCAAUACAGGAGGUCUGCGUCCUGUCAUCAGUGAUGCUGCUUCCCGCCCAGAGCCUUGGAUACAGUCUACUGCUGACAGUAUGAGUGUCAUCAAUAUCUUCAUGAGAAACCAUCCCAAUGUUAAACAGGACAAAGCUCAGGAGAAUGAGCCUGGUUCAGAGACUGCAAACCUCCUGUCAGGCAUAGAAGACAAGUCAGGUGACACGGCAAGCCUUCUGGAGGAUGUACCUGAGAAAGAUGCCGAUAAGACCAUUGUACCUGAAUCUCCUUCCAGGGCAGGUGGGGAAGAGGAAGAGGAUCAGUAUAAUGAUGAUGACUUUACCCUGGAAUCUGAAGCUUUUAGCCCUAAGCCUUCUGCCAGCCCAGAGGGAUCUUACUCUGCAUCGUUUGCAAGCCCAUUCUGCCCCCUCUCCUGUGCCAGCCCCUCACGAUCGACCCACAAACAGCACUCCCUUUCUUCCUUGUCUUUGUCUGAGGGUGACACAUCUUCAACAGAACCCUCACUGCCAACAGCCAAGCCCUCUGCAAGCUCUAAUAUCCCCCCUGCAGGUGUUCCUUUUCGUAUUCCUCCAUCUGUCUUCCAACCCAACCACCUGGGGGGUGACCGCAUGUCCCCUGGCACACUGGACCACUGUCUCAUGGCCGAACUUAACCGACUGGAGUACAUGGAAGAGUCUGUGAGGCAACUUGGCGACAUUGAACGCACCAAGCAUGUGGCAUCUGCUCAACAAGAGACCGUGUCACUAGCGCAAAUUCUCAAAGCUCGCCAGGCUGCACACACACGAGACAUGGAGGCCCUACGUCUCAAGGCCAAGCAAGAGGCACUAGACUCAGCAAAACAACUAGAUGAGGCACGAAGGUCUGCUGCUGUUGCUUCCAUGGAGGCUCAAAAUGCUGUUGCCAUGGUCAGAUCCGAAACAGCUGCAGCUGUUGCCAAGGCGACAGAUGAGCUAGUUAGGGCCCAAGCCGAGGCUGCCAAAGCGAACUCAGAGUCUGCAAGACAGGUAGCUGAGGCCCAGACUGCAGCAGCCAGGAGCCUACUUGAAGCAGCCAAUCAAAGAACUGAUGACAUUUAUGACGUAACAACGGCUGCUGCCACCUCCGCAGCCCAAGCUGCUGUCAUGGCAACAAUCAAACAGUACCGGCAUGGUCAGCGCGAUGACUCGUUGACUAGCUACAGUGGUAGAUCACCCAGCUCCAGCAAAUCUAGGUCUACACGCCCAUCUGAUUCAACCAGAAGAUCUGACAGAAGCCCAUCAAGGGAUGGCUAUACAAGUGAUGAGUUUGACUCAUUCAAGGAAUCCGAUAGAAACAAAAGUUUGCCUGUUGCAAGCGACACAUCCGCUGAUCAAACCAGUGUGUACACCGACCAGAUUCGCUCCCGAGAGAAGUCUGAGGCGGCUAGUGCAAGUAUCCCAGAAGAAGUAGAUCUCAGUGUGGCGGAGGGAAGCCUGGAAUCCGAGGAUGAUUCAGUUAGGGAGGCUCUGUCCUCGACCAGUAAAGCAAAGAAGAAAAACGAAGCUGGCGAUUACUCGAUGGCGUUUGAGGAGUCUAUGCUGUCGUCCCACACGGCCACGGAUGACGAGCUGGAGUACCGCAUGGUUCUUCCCAGCGAGGGACAUCGCCGACGCAGCAUCGGGUCACGCAGUAGCAUCGCCUCAGACAUCUUUUCCUCUGACGAGAACCAAGAUAACCAUGUAUCAGACGCACAAGACAAGCACACGCCCGCGGCUUUGUUCUCUGGCGGUGAAGACUCAUUCAACAAGUUCACCGUGGACAUGGUGCACCAGAUGAAGCAAGAGGAAGUCCGGGCCAAGCACCAGGAGGCCUUACUGCGCCUGCGCGAGAAAGCCUUAAAGGAGAAGACCAAGGCCGAGCUGGCCUGGCUCGAGCUACAGAAGCAGCGCCACCGGGACAAGGGUGCUGAUGACGUCAUGCCCUCUAUACGCAAGCGACAGCGAGGGCUGCUCAUGAGGCUACAGGCGGGGCAGGCAGAGAUUAAGCGUCUAAAAGCUGCCAACCGCGCGGCGAGCUACGAACGCAAACUCCUGCUUUUGCAGCAGGAAGAGAUCGCCGAUCUACGCCGCAGUACCAAGGAGAUCCGGGAAAAGGUCAAAGCCGAGAAGCCACGUGAUCAGAAAUCUGCUGAAGGGGUGGAACAAAGCCCUGAGAAACCUUCCACCAGUCGAGUAGACCGCGCACAGGUCAGCGAAACUUCCCCAUCCAAGUCAGGGUCAGUCCCCGAGGAAUUCUCGGCCGUGCAGUCCCCGAGCACCGACUCCUCAUUCCCGACCUACGACGAGCAUGAGCCGAAAAUUUCAGGCCGCGAUCGAAAACGGUCGUUUUCCGAGGGUGAGAGCGACGAAGGAUCGGCAGGAGAUCGACAUAUUGUCAGUGCGCUGAAGAGCCCUUCAAGCGACUCUCUUGGAAUCAUGCAGAGACUGAACAAGCGCCGGAUCCAGUCGAGUGAAAGGUACUUGACUCAGCGCGAGCAGAAGAUCAUCGGGCGCCGUCAAAAGGCAGAAGACCUGCUGGCCUCACAACGUAAACUGAUCGAGUGGCAGCAGCGGUUGGACGCAGAGGAGUCGGAGGUGCAAAGGCUAUUGAACCAGGCUCUUGGCAUACAGGCAGGGGCAAGGCCUUCUCCCGCUGCAGAACAUAGGGCGGCAUUCACUGAAAAUCGGGCGCCCUCUGCCAUCCGAGACAUCAGGGUUCGAAGCGUGACACCACCUGGCUCUACCAGCUCGCCCAGCAAGAAAACCGAAACGCCUUCCGAACGCCUACCCUCCAAGCGAUCACUCUCCGAACGCAGUGAUUCCAUCUCCGAGGACCUCCCAAGCAUACCGCCGGAGAGCAAGUCUCGUGAGAGCUCGAUUCCCGAAGUGGCUACGAGGACUCAGUCACACGACUCGACAAUUCCCGAAGGCGUGACGAGGUCUCGGUCGCAAGACACGACAAUUCCUGAAGAGUACGUCAAUGACACGUUUGAAUCUCUGGACAGCACUAUGACACCGACUCACUCCACCCCUGUGCGUAAGGCUUCGCCUGCUCGAGACUCACUAAAGCAGCGGUCGUCUUCUAAAGAGGAUGAGCAGAAGAGCGAAGAAGAGACGUCUAUGACCGAAACUUCGGACUACAGCGACGUAGAGGGUCGUGUGCGCUUGCUGAAAGAACAGCUUGAACAGCGCAAGCGCGAGGCACAGCGGUUAUACCAUGAGCGCAAGCGCCAACGACGUGCCAUGCUGCGCGCCCAAGAAGCCAGCCUCAGAAAGGAGCUUCAGGCCGUGGAGCUUGUUAUCCAGAAAAUCAAAGCCGAACUGGACCAGCCGACCGACCGACCGCGAUCCGCAGAAUCAAGACCAAGCAGCUACGGAGUCAGAGGGGUAACGUUAUCACCCCUACCCCUCGACCAAGAGCCCCGCCCAUCCGACAAACAGCAGGCGUAUACCCCUCCUAGUGAGAGCAGCAAAGCGCCAAGAAGUCCGCAGAUACGUGACGCGAUAACACCAAGAGAACCAGUUUCCGCUUCUGAUCGAACCUCUACAAGUGAGCCUUCUGGUAGAACUUCGGUGGGUGCUCCGGCUCGUGAACGGGAUCCCAGUGUUAUAGACGUAUACAGCUCUGACGCCAGGGACUCGUCACGCGCAGACUCUGAGACGGAUGGCGAUCGAUUGAAAGAUCUUCCUUUAGCGGUUGAUCUUAAUGACAGUAAGGACACGAGCGAGAUUAAGACUCAGAGCCAAGUAAAAGACUUGGACAUAAGUGAUCGAUCAACUUCUAUAGCCGAGGAACUAAGCGACAGACACUCAGGGUCAUCUGAAGUGGAAGAGGAUAUUAAGAUCGGGGAUUCGUCAAUAAGCGAAGCAAGCGAGAUCAGAAGUCUAUCCCAAGUAUCUAGAGAAGAUUCUAAGAGGUUGGACAUCAACGAAGAUAUCCCUGCAUCAGUUGCUUCUGUGAAAAACCGUGAGCCAUCCAAAGCGAACGAUUACAGCUAUACGUUCGAGAGCGAAAAGGAAGACUUAAAAACGGAGGCGUCAGUUGCUUCUGUGAAAAGCCGUGAGCCAUCCAAAGCGAACGAUUACAGCUAUACGUUCGAAAGCGAAAAGGAAGAUUUAAAAACGGAGGCGUCAGUUGCUUCUGUGAAAAGCCGUGAGCCAUCCAAAGCGCACGAUUACAGGUUUACGUUCAAGAAUGAAAAGCAAGAGCCAAAAACAGAAGAUGACAUUAGUGACCAUAUUUCCCUCCAAGACAAUGGGACGAAAGAAACGGAUUCGGAACACCUAGAGGCCGAAGGGGAUUCCCUUAUCGAGGUCAUACCCGAGAGUCCAGAGAAAGGGGAUUCCCGUUCUGAUUCGAAAGCAUCCACACACAAGGAAAGGAAAAGUCUCUCCGAGAGUGAUGCGUCGAUCGAUGAAGAACAAAGUGACGCGACCAUAUCGGAACGUAUACAUGUUCCCGAGGAAGACAAGGAGUCACCGGGUGUUGACGCAUCAGUAGAACGACCGCAGAGCCGUGAAUCGGCCUUAUCCGGGUAUUCAGAAGACUUCGAGCCUUCUGAAGGUGAAGAGUCGGUAAAAAGUGAACAGGAUCUGGAGAACAGAGUGGAGUAUACUCCUGACUUUGGAGCGUCUGAAUCAAAAGGAACUAAAGCCUCGGACCCCAAGGAGAAGAAUCCUUAUACGGCAGAUAUCGAGCCCGGAUCAUCAAUCAAAGAAAAAACGUCAUAUUCGGUAGAUUUUGAAGCGUCGGAAUCUGAGAAAACUCCAGAUGUUUCAGAACGCGAAAAGAGUUUGGAAAGGUCAGCCGAGAAUACGCCUGAGAAGGAAGAGAUACCUACGGAUGAAGAAAGUGUUGUGGAGGAUUUACCAGAGGAGGAACUUACGUUGGAAGAGUCUGAAGGCGAGAGUGAAGCAUCAACUCCAAGGCUUAGCAAACAGACGCGGGAGGUUAUGGCUAGCGAGGAUGUUAAACCAAGAGAGACCGGGGGCGAAGACGAACCUGGCCAGACUGUGGAGAUGCAGGAUUUGACGAAGGAGUCGGUAAAGAAAGUGGAAGAUCGUGCGGACCGCAUAACGGAUGCGAUAACGGGGAUGUUGUUGAACGAUGCCCUAAGCUGCGUGAGCAAUAUAUACCAGGCUCACCAACAAACCUCUGGGCUGGCCACAUCCGAAGACCGCACGGAUCCCGCGAGAGAAAAAAGGACUACAGAGAAAGGUGCUGAUCGUUGGCCUGAAGAAUUCGGCGAAAUUUCAGAAGCAGAAGAUGUAUCUAUUUCGGAGAAGCUGUCGUUUUCUGGGAGUGAGAGAUUUGAGAAAGUUUUAAGAGUCGAGAAAGAUGAGGGAGACAAAGCUGCUGUCCCGUCGUUCAAGUUUAUUGAGCCGACCAGUCGAACGCAGACUCGUAGCGAUGCUAUUGUGAAUCAACUUUCCGAGGAUCUCGUUCAGCAAGCAAUUUCCCAAAUGAUAAGUGUAAUGCGAAAGAAAAGAGAGAAGCAACAGUCAGCAGAGGGUAAACUCGAGAAGCUGCAUGCAAAGCUACAGCCAGCGGAUAAGAAAAACGAAGAGAAGGGGCAAGAGAGGCCACACUUAAAGCUGCAUCUUGGAGACAAGCACGAGGAGCACGAUAGCGCAUCUCCGUGCAGCAGCGAAACCAGUCCGAGGUUCUUCGACAAAUAUAUGGCCGUACAUCGAUUCCCAGACGGUAUCCACAAGCAGCAUAGCCCCCCCGGAAGCCCCACCAAGGACAAAUCCGCCCUGGAUGGGCACGAACUCGCGGAUAAACUCACCCAACUCAAGCUUCUACACGAUGAGCUGGGGCACCAACUUGACGACGAUAAUGACAAUGAGUUUGAUCUCAAUACUGACAAGGAGUUGGAGCUGCCGCCCGGUGAUGACGUGACUUCGUACGCAAGGCCGCGGGGACUGUCUAUCACCUAUGUGGUGCCGCAUCGAUAUGCCGAGGUCUCCGACCUGGUGGCUUCGUCCCUUUCUAAGUACUACGCCCUGAAGCAGGCAGGGCACUCUAUCAGUAAUGUUCAACCACCGCCCGAAAUCACAGAUGCUGUAGACGCGAAUGAUCCUAACGCAGCCUCCAAGCAGUCCUAUCAAAAACUUGUGUUUGAUUUGACGGGGGAUGUGUUCAGGGAUAUUCUUCAUGAGGAGUCGCCACCUGCAAGACCGCUUUGGAUGAAGCAGCGACGGCGGCAGAAGAGUCGCAUCUACCGCAGCCUGACCCCACUACGAGACGAGGACGACUACUUGCAGGUGGUCCAGAGUCGAGUCAUGAAUUUGAUAGGUCUUGGCACGGAGAGACCAAACCUGGAGACUUUGAGACGGAAGACGCCGCUCAAAGCAGGCAAAAAGGACGCGGUGGACGCAAUCCUCAUCCAGGAACUGAGAGAAGAGGAGCCACAGUGGGUGGACUAUGAUGACGACGAGCUCGCGGUCAAAUUCCAGGUCGCGGACGCGAUACUCGACUCGUUAUUAUCAGAAACUGUGAUGGUGAUGAACGCCAUACAAGACAGACGGGACGCCAGCGUGAACGACAUGCAAUACAGAUGACGUCAUGGUACUAGCGUGACGUUUGCAGCAUUGGCACGCAAUAAAGAUGACGUCAUGGUACUAGCGUGACGCUUGCAGCAUUUGCACGUAAUACAGAUGACGCCAUACUACUGUCGUGGCGCUUGCGGGGAAGUCACGCAAUAUAGAUGUUGAUGGCGGGAAUCGACCUCACAUGAUGAUGGUUUAAUUAUUAGAUUUGACGAAAAAGGUGGGAUAACUGAAUCCCGCUGCUUAUCCUAGUAGACCUGAGAUUGGGUUUAAUAUUUUCUCGAGGAGACUUGCGCUCCAGCGAUAAAACAAUCUUGUAAAUAGGAGUGAUGGUUUUCUGUGUUUAGGAAGAACGUCGAGAAUAAAGUUUGGAUAUUUUGGUGUA